GGAACAAACUGGGGGGUCCGCAAAGGAUCCCUCAGGAAAGCCCUGGGUGUGCAGGGGCAGCGGUGACCCCUGGAGGGGUUUGGGCUGGCUGGGGGAGCCCUGGCGGAGGUGCUGAGGGGCUGCAGGGUGGAAUCGCCAGUACUGUCCUCUCACAUCUGUGCCCGCAUUUCUGUUUGUGGGGUGGGGGUUCUCCAGGAGCCCUGCAGCCCUGUCCAUCCCAUCCCUGUGGGCAGUGCCAGGGGUCUGCCAAGCCCCCCGCGCUGACACCUCCCCGCUGUGUCCCCGCAGUGGGACCUGGUGUGUGCCUCGCGCUGGAAGGUGCCCCUGGAGCAGACCACGCACCUUCUGGGCUGGACCCUGGGCAGUGUCACCGCCGGCCUGGCCUGUGACAGGUAACGGGGGUCCCUGGGCAGCCCCGCGGGCAGGGGGCACCGUGCCCAGCCCCUCACAGCCCAUCCCUCGCAGGUUUGGGCGCCGUCCCACCUUCCUGCUGUGCCUGGCGCUGGCCGUGCCCGUGGGCCUCGGCGUGGCACUGGCUGUGGAUUUCCUCAUGGUUCUGGUGGCACGGCUGCUCUUCGGGGCCGCGCUGGCAGGAGCCUUCCUCGCCCUCUACGUGGCACGGCUGGAGCUGUGUGACCCCCCCCACCGCCUGGGGGUGACGAUGGUGGCCGGGUUCUUCUGGAUGGCCGGGGAGCUGCUGCUGCCGGGGCUGGCCCUGCUGUGCCGGGACUGGCGGGUGCUGCAGGGCGCUGUCACCAUGAUCCUGGCCCUGCUGGCUGCCAGCUGGUGGUGCCCGGCCCUGCUGCUGGAGUCACCGCGCUGGCUGCUGGCCACGCGGCAGCUGGAGAGGGCCAGGAGGACCCUGCAGGCGCUGGCCGAAGACAACUGUCCGCAGGAGAGCCUGCUGGCGGAGCUGGAGGCGCUGUCCGAGGGGCCCGCGCGGCCCCGGUACCACUCAGUGUGCGAGAUCUGCGGCACCAGGGUCAUCUGGAAGAACGGCGUCAUCCUCGGCUUCGCGGCGUUCAUCGGCUCCGGCAUCCGCCACUGCUUCACCCGCAACCUGGUCCCGCACCUGCCCCACUUCUUCUCGUCCCACCUGGCGCUGCUGGGCACCGAGGCGGCCGCCUGCCUGUUCCUGUGCCUGACGGCCGAGCGCUUCGGGCGCCGCGCCAUCCUCCUGCUCUGCACCGUGCUCACCGGCAUCUCCUCCCUGCUGCUGCUGGCCCUCACCCAGUACCUGCUGGAGCUCAUCGUCCUCACGCUGUCCGUGGUGGGCACGGCCGCCUCCCACGCCGUCACCAUGCUCAGCAUCUUCUUUGCCAGCGAGGUUCUCCCCACCGUGGUCAGGGGCGCCGGGCUGGGCCUGGUCGUGGGCGCCAAUUUCGUGGGCAAAGCCGCGGCGCCCAUCACCGCCAUCCCCAACAGCCGCGGCUUCUUCCUGCACCACGUCGUGUUCGCCUCCUUCGCCAUCCUGGCCGUGCUCAGCAUCAUGCUGCUGCCCGAGAGCCAGGGCCGGGCGCUGCCCCAGUCCCUGCAGGACGGCGAGAGCCAGCGCCGCCCGCCCCUGUUCCGCCGCCCCCCCCGCGAGGACCACCUGCCCCUGCUGGCCCCCCACGCCCUCCCCCACGACUAUUCCCGCCUGGCCGCCUCCACCAAGAGGACGCUGCGCUCCCCGGACCCCCCCCGCGAGAUGUAG